CACUGCGCCGGCGUCAGUCUUGGGCGGGCUGAAAGCAGCUGAAGCGGCGACCGAGUCGGAGGCUCCGGCACAGGGGCGGGCGCUGAGGCGGGAGCGGACCGGCUGGCGGGCGAGCGAGAGGCGGCGGGAUGGUGGACUACCACGCGGCGAACCAGGCGUACCAGUACGGCCCCAGCAGCGGCGGCAAUGGCGCGGGGGGCGGCGGCACCAUGGGCGACUAUAUGGCCCAGGAGGACGACUGGGACCGAGACCUGCUGUUGGACCCGGCCUGGGAGAAGCAGCAGCGCAAGACAUUCACAGCCUGGUGCAACUCCCACCUGCGGAAGGCUGGCACGCAGAUUGAGAACAUCGAUGAGGACUUCCGGGACGGACUCAAGCUCAUGCUCCUGCUGGAGGUCAUUUCAGGGGAACGGUUACCUAAGCCAGAACGGGGGAAGAUGAGAGUGCACAAGAUCAACAACGUGAACAAAGCCCUGGACUUCAUUGCCAGUAAAGGAGUCAAGCUGGUCUCCAUCGGGGCUGAAGAGAUUGUAGAUGGCAACGCAAAGAUGACCCUGGGAAUGAUCUGGACCAUCAUCCUCAGGUUCGCUAUCCAGGACAUCUCUGUGGAAGAGACCUCUGCUAAGGAAGGGCUCCUCCUCUGGUGUCAGAGAAAGACGGCCCCAUAUAAGAAUGUCAAUGUGCAGAACUUCCACAUCAGCUGGAAGGAUGGUCUAGCCUUCAAUGCCCUCAUCCACCGGCAUAGACCUGAGCUGAUUGAGUAUGAUAAACUGAGGAAGGACGACCCCGUCACCAACCUGAACAAUGCUUUUGAAGUGGCUGAGAAAUACCUUGACAUCCCCAAGAUGUUGGAUGCAGAAGACAUCGUGAACACAGCCCGGCCCGACGAGAAGGCCAUAAUGACAUAUGUGUCCAGCUUCUACCAUGCCUUUUCAGGAGCGCAGAAGGCUGAGACUGCUGCCAACCGCAUCUGCAAGGUGCUGGCUGUGAACCAAGAGAAUGAGCACCUGAUGGAAGAUUACGAGCGCCUGGCCAGCGAUCUUCUGGAGUGGAUCCGGCGCACCAUCCCAUGGCUGGAGGACCGAGUGCCACAGAAGACCAUCCAGGAGAUGCAGCAGAAGUUGGAGGAUUUCCGAGACUACCGGCGUGUGCACAAGCCACCCAAGGUGCAGGAGAAGUGCCAGCUGGAAAUCAACUUCAAUACUCUGCAGACCAAGCUCCGCCUUAGCAACCGGCCUGCCUUCAUGCCCUCUGAGGGCAGGAUGGUCUCGGACAUCAACAAUGGCUGGCAGCACCUGGAGCAGGCCGAGAAGGGCUAUGAGGAAUGGCUGCUGAAUGAGAUCCGCAGACUGGAGCGACUGGACCACCUGGCAGAGAAGUUCCGGCAGAAGGCUUCAAUCCAUGAGGCUUGGACCGAUGGGAAGGAGGCCAUGCUGAAGCACCGGGACUAUGAGACAGCCACUCUGUCAGACAUCAAAGCUCUGAUUCGCAAACACGAGGCCUUCGAAAGCGACCUGGCUGCGCACCAAGACCGUGUGGAGCAGAUUGCUGCGAUUGCCCAGGAGCUCAACGAGCUGGACUACUAUGACUCCCACAGUGUCAACACAAGGUGCCAGAAGAUCUGUGACCAGUGGGACACCUUGGGCUCUCUGACCCACAGUCGCAGAGAAGCCUUGGAGAAAACAGAGAAGCAGUUGGAGACCAUCGACCAGCUGCACCUGGAGUAUGCCAAGCGGGCCGCACCCUUCAACAACUGGAUGGAGAGUGCCAUGGAGGACCUACAGGACAUGUUCAUUGUUCAUACCAUUGAGGAGAUCGAGGGCCUGAUCUCAGCCCAUGACCAGUUCAAGUCUACCCUGCCAGACGCCGACAGGGAACGUGAGGCCAUCCUGGCCAUCCACAAGGAGGCCCAGAGGAUCGCUGAGAGCAAUCACAUCAAGCUGUCAGGCAGCAACCCCUACACCACCGUUACCCCCCAAAUCAUCAACUCCAAGUGGGAAAAGGUGCAGCAGCUGGUACCAAAGCGAGACCAUGCGCUCCUGGAGGAGCAGAGCAAGCAGCAGUCCAACGAGCAUCUCCGCCGCCAGUUUGCCAGCCAGGCCAAUGUAGUGGGGCCCUGGAUCCAGACCAAGAUGGAGGAGAUCGGGCGCAUCUCAAUUGAGAUGAACGGGACCCUGGAGGACCAGCUGAGCCACCUCAAGCAGUAUGAGCGUAGCAUUGUAGACUAUAAGCCCAACUUGGACCUGUUGGAGCAGCAGCACCAGCUCAUCCAGGAGGCCCUGAUCUUCGACAACAAGCACACCAACUACACCAUGGAGCACAUCCGUGUGGGCUGGGAACAGCUGCUCACCACCAUUGCCCGCACCAUCAACGAGGUGGAGAACCAGAUCCUCACGAGAGAUGCCAAGGGCAUCAGCCAGGAGCAGAUGCAAGAGUUCCGGGCGUCCUUUAACCACUUCGACAAGGACCAUGGCGGGGCACUGGGGCCUGAGGAGUUCAAGGCCUGCCUCAUCAGCCUGGGCUACGACGUGGAGAACGACCGGCAGAAGCAGACAGGCAGCAUGGACUCCGACGACUUCAGGGCCCUGCUUAUCUCCACAGGAUACAGCCUGGGCGAUGCUGAGUUCAACCGUAUCAUGAGUGUGGUCGACCCCAACCACAGCGGCCUUGUGACCUUCCAAGCUUUCAUCGACUUCAUGUCAAGGGAGACCACAGACACAGACACAGCAGACCAGGUCAUUGCCUCUUUCAAGGUCCUGGCAGGGGACAAGAAUUUCAUCACUGCCGAGGAGCUGCGGAGAGAGUUGCCCCCUGACCAGGCUGAGUACUGCAUCGCCCGCAUGGCACCCUACCAGGGUCCUGACGCUGUGCCCGGAGCCCUUGACUACAAGUCCUUCUCCACGGCACUCUAUGGAGAAAGUGACCUGUGAGGUUCCAGACCCCUUAACCAUACUCCUUGGCCUCCCGGAGGGGCUGAGGAGCCCUGCCCCGACCCUGACUCUGUAUCUAUGCAAAGCACUCUGGUCCUUCUUGGGGGGCGGGCAGGGAGGGACUGGAGAGGGGCCCCUCUCCCCAUCUGGUAGGGAAGGGAGGCUUGGGGAUCAGCACUGGUUUGCUACAUAUAUAUGACGUUUUGUGGGUUUUUAAUCUAUAUGAGGGGACAGUGGACCCCCAGGCUACUUCUGUGCCCUGGGGACAUCCCUCCAAACCCAGGUCCCCUCUUUUGCCCUGAGGUCCCUUUAGGACCUCCCACAUCCAGGCCAAAGCCCCAUGUGCCUUGUCCAGGAACCGCCCCGCAGAGUCCAGCAGAGGGCGCCCCAGAUCCCCUGGACCAGACCCCACCAGCUCCCUCUUCCCACCCUCCUUGCCCCUUUUGUGAGUGCCAGGAGCAGAGGACCCUACCAUCACCCCUGUCUCUGUCUCGGAGGAAUGAGUGGGGCAGCCCAGCCCCCAGCCCACCUGCCCUUGUUUUUGCCUGGACUCUGGGUCUCAGAUUUUCUUAGGACCAAAACCAACAAAAACAGAAACAAGAAACAAUAGAAACAAAAAUCU